AUUGAGCUGUACAGAUUUCACACACAGGUAUUGACACAGGAAGAGUAACUGACUAUGGCCAGUGAGGUUGACAGACAGGCUGUGUUAAAGGUGACAAAAGUACGAAAAAAUGUGAAACAAGACGGAAGCUGGAUUCACAGAUCUCAAGUGGACCAAGACACACAAGAUGUGCAACAUACACGUAAAUCGCUGGGUCCAGUAAAUUUGUUUUCAGCCGGAGACAGUCCUGUUUCUCCAGCCCACCAGAGCCCUGCCUCUAUCAGCCAUGCAUCCACUAGUUUAGAUUCAACCACACCUCAUCGAAGAUCUUAUAUUCAGUCAGCAGUACAAAAAUUUGAAGCUUUAGGCUCAACAGAAAACUCACCUGUCAAGAGUAAGACCUACCAGGACAAAAGUACAAGUGCAGAAGAAGCACAGAAGACACAUGAAGAGAAAGAGGUCACACGAGUAGAAAAAGCAGUGGAUACACCCGCAAUCACACCUGUAAAUGAAGCAGUGAAGACAUCUUCAGAUAUUCCUGAAGAGGAAGCCCUGGAAACACCUGCAGACACACCUGUAGAGAAAGCAGUUGAGAUACAUGCAGACACACAUGUAGAAGAAGCACUGGAGAAACCGAAAGUUACACCUGUACAGAAAACAGAUGAAGUAUUUGCACAGGAAGCGUUGGAGAUGUCCAAUGUCACACCUGUAGAUGAAGCUUUUGAGACAUCUAAAGUCACACAUGUAGAGAAAGCAGAUGAAAUACCUGCAGACUCACAUGUAGAUGAAUCUUAUGAGACAUAUACAGUCACAUCUAUAGAGAAAGCUGUGAAGACACCUGUAGAGAAAUCUUUGGAGAAAAUUAAUGUCACACCUGUAAACGAAGCUUUUGAGACAUCUACAGUCACACUUGUAGAGAAUGCAGUGGAAGCACUUGCAGACACACCUGUAGAGGAAUCCCUGGAGACUUUUCUAGUCCCAUCUGUACAUUACACAGUGAAAACAGAGGACACAUCUAAAGUCACAUAUCUAGAGAAAACACUUGAGAUAACUGCAGAAUCACCUGCACUGGAGACAUCUAAAGUCACACCUGUUGAGAAGGCAGUUGAGAUAUCAACACACACUCCCGUAGAGGCAGAAGUGGAGACAUGUCUAGUCUCGUGUGUACAUGAAUCGUUGAACAUAUCUUUAAACAAUCCUCCAAAGGAAGCGCUGGAGACAUCUGGAGACAACACAACAGACAAUGGGAUAAACAAUACAGUUGAUUCAGUCACACCAGAGAUUGUACAAGAAGUAAAGACCACACUUGUACUCAAACAAAAAGAAAACCAGGUGACAGAAGCCACAAGUGAAUACGGGGAACUUUCACUACAGUCUGCACUGGAAGCUCCAGGUAUACAGUCAUCAGAUACAUCUGAGACAGAUCAAGGCCCAGCCACUGUAAAACUUUUGACAAAACCAACGGAAGAGUCCAGUUUUGGAACAAAGCUCCACGGACUAAACAGUGAAACUCGAUUGAGUGUGAAACAUAAGCCUAUGUGUUCCUUCUGCAAGCAAACCAUAGAUGAGAAUGUGAAAAUUACCAUUGACGAUCCUGCAAUUUGCUGCCAUCCAGAAUGUUUCAAGUGUGACGGUUGCAAAAUGCUUCUGGGUGAUCUCUUGUGCUCCAUGUACCACCAUGGUGGAAAAGUCCUCUGCGAGAAAUGCUUUGAUGAUGUCUUCUUCCUUUGAUUACACAUCUCCAUGGCAACCGACCCAUCACCACAACUAGUGUAUAUAUGACAAUCAAGCACAUCUCACUCUCCUCUCACAUCGCUACUGAGUUUGAAAAUACAGUACAAACUUUUUAAAUAAUAGCUUUACUCUUCAGUAAAAAUUGCUGUCAUAUGGUCAUAUGAAUAUAAUAUAGUGUACUACAUAUGUUUAUCAUUGUGUGUAUUUAAUAUCCCUGUAAACAGAUUUUCAAAAUAUUGCUUAUACCUUUUAUAAUUCACAAUUUCACUUUCUCAUAAAUGUGAACUCUGACAUGUGAAAUGAAGUCAAUAGACUGAUUUCACUCCGCUGCCAUGUUGAAAUCGAAAGCAUUUUUAAGAAGAUAACAUGACAAACAUUGAAAUUAAACAUUUGAACAAUGUCCUGGGGUGUGUUAACCGUGGUAUAAGCGGAAUAAUUGACGCUUCGCGUCGUGGCCGCAGUACACGACUUUGAUAAGAGCAAACGUUGGCGACCA